UUGAGUAACUAGGAUUAUAGGUGUGAGCCAAUAGCGCCUGGUAAACCUAUAUUUUAAAGCAGUUUUUGCUUAGCAAAUUGGAGCAAAGGGUACAGUGAUUUCCCAAACCAAAAUUUGUUCUUCUCCUACAGGUUGAUAGCUUUUCUGGCAACACAUUCUACUGGAGUGGUCCAUUUGCUCAGCUGGUAAAAUACCCAAACACGUAUUCACUCAGUUUCUAAUGUAUGUUAGGGUUCACUCUGAGUGGUGUACCAACUAUGGAUGUGGAUAGAUUUAUAAUGAUGAUUAUGUCUAGAGUAAAUUCAAUUAAGCUGAACUCUGAACCUUCAUCCUUUCUCCCCCACCCCAAUUCCAUGCUCCCCAGUUUUACCUUUCUCAGAAGAUCAUAGAGGUAGAAUCAUACAGUGCGUAGCCUUUUCCAGAUUGACUUCUUUCACAUAAAAAUAUGCAUUUAAGUUUCCUCCACCUCUUUCAACGGUUUGAUAGUUCAUUUUUUAAAUUUCUGAAUAACAUCCUAUUGUUUUGAUAUACCACUGUCACCUACUUUAAAUCUGACCAUGUCGUGUUUUUUUUUAACCUCUCCUCAAUUCUUUUCACUGCUGAAACACAAAGACAAAUUCCAGAGAGAAGUCAGGUGAUGAAGAAAAAAGAAAGCCCUGAUAUUAUUAUUUAAAUUAAGGCUUUCAGACUUUCUGUGGAUAAUUACCCUUGUCUCAUUUUACAAGGAGGGGGGGGUGAGUUUCAAUUAGAAUAUAAAGUAGUCCUUCUAAUGUGGGACUGAAGAGACUAGUCCUAGGUAUUUGGGUUGUAUUUAUCUCUGAGAAAAGUCUAGCCUCCAGCAUGCAUCAGACUGAGAUGAGAGAAUCUGGGGAAGUGUAAUAAGAUUUCCUUCUAAUGUGGAAGGGAAGGAAGGACAGGGAGGGAAGAAAAAUGAGGCAGAGUAGAAAAUAAGUUGGCUGAGAGGAUGAGAGAAAAGAGAGGGAGAAACUUGCUAAGAACAGGACUCUCCGAGCAAGGUAUUUUUCUUCCCUUUGCAAGUUGGGAGCUGUUGAAUAAUUCAUGCCGAGCGUGGCAAGGCUGUCUCUUCCCUGCGUGAUGUAUAACGGAGCAGGAGAGAGUUCUGAGUGGGUUCGUCACAUCAGCCACCACCCUUGGUGCUCUCCCCUGGAGCUCAGCCUCUGCAGCCUGGCAUCUUUGCUGCCUGCCUGCCUGCCUGUCUGCCUGCCUGCGUGCCCACCUGCCCGGGGCUUGCAGCCUGCUGGCACCUUACUUUCUCCAGUUCUGCUGCCAACUGAGAAGACUUCCCACAAGCGGCCGCUUCCUGCCUGGGACAGGUGUUUGGAUGCUGUUUGGUAGAAGCUGGGCCUUUGCCCCUGGCACGGAUCCCAAGCUGAGCGCGGAGUUUCUCCUGUUGAUUUCUGGACCACAGAUACUGCUGCCCGAGAAGGCAACCAAGUGUCACGAUGGGCCGACGCUAGGGCUGGAGGGGUGAAGAGUUGGCCAGAAUGACCAACUCCUCGUCCCCAUCCUCCUCCACCACCGGGGGAUCGCUGCUGCUGCUGUGCGAGGAAGAGGAGCCGUGGGCGGGCCGGCGCAUCCCGGUGUCGCUCCUGUACUCGGGUCUGGCCAUCGGGGGCACGCUGGCCAACGGCAUGGUCAUCUAUCUCGUGUCGUCCUUCCGAAAGCUGCAGACCACCAGCAACGCUUUCAUCGUGAACGGCUGCGCGGCCGAUCUCAGCGUGUGCGCCCUGUGGAUGCCCCAGGAGGCCGUCCUGGGGCUCCUGCCCGCGGGCUCCGUGGAGCCCCCCGCGGACUGGGACGGCGCCGGGGGCAGCUAUCGGCUGCUCCGGGGUGGGUUGCUGGGCCUGGGGCUCACGGUGUCCCUCCUGUCCCACUGCCUGGUGGCUCUGAACCGCUACCUCCUCAUCACCAGGGCGCCGGCCACCUACCAGGUGCUGUACCAGCGGCGCCACACGGCGGGCAUGCUGGCGAUGUCCUGGGCGCUCGCCCUGGGUCUGGUGCUGUUGCUGCCGCCUUGGGCCCCGCGGCCGGGGGCCUCGCCGCCGCAGAUCCACUACCCGGCGCUGCUGGCGGCGGGCGCGCUGCUGGCGCAGACGGCGCUGCUGCUCCACUGCUACCUGGGCAUCGUGCGCCGCGUGCGUGUCAGCGUCAAGCGGGUCAGCGUGCUCAACUUCCACCUGCCUCUGCCCCCCGCGCUGCAGCCGCGCCGGGCGCAGCGGCGGCUCAGCGGGCUGUCGGUGCUGCUGCUCUGCUGCGUCUUCCUGCUGGCCACGCAGCCGCUCGUGUGGGUCAGCCUGGCCAGCGGCUUCUCGCUGCCCGUGCCCUGGGGCGUGCAGGCGGCCAGCUGGCUCCUGUGCUGCGCGCUGUCCGCGCUCAACCCGCUGCUUUACACCUGGAGGAACGAGGAGUUCCGGCGCUCCGUGCGCUCCGUCCUGCCGGGCGUCGGGGACGCGGCGGCCGCCGCCGCCGCCGCCGCCACCGCCAUGCCAGCCAUGUCCCAGGCCCAGCUGGGCACCCGCGCCGCGGGCCAGCACUGGUGA